AGGUUUCCUGAUUUUGCCAAUGCGCCGAAGUUCUACUGAACUGGUGCGGAUCCAUCACGGGACUAGCAGCCUAGAGAGAUAGGACUAGUUGGUAGGACUCGAGUACAUACCAGCGUCCUCAGCCUCACUUAUGGCUGUUUUUGAAGCCACCCACCACCAUCUACCUACAUGUGCCGAGUUGAGUGUAACUUUACUUAAUUCGUCAUUCUCCUCUGGGAUAAAGAAUAGACCACCCAACAUAGAUUACAUCGUAAUUUACCCCAAUUUUCGACUCUCCCGGCACAUUGGGGUGGCAAGCUGCCAGCUAUCUCCUAGCGCGGAUAUACCGGUAGCAGAACCAAGAUCAAGUCUCCAAGCAGCAUCCAGCAUUUUCUUUCUCGCACACACCACUAAAAAGACUCCCUUUCACCGACGCAAUGCGCUCGCCGCUCGCGCACUAGCACCAUAUAGCAAGCCAAGAGUAAAGCAAUGUCAUCUCAAACCCAAGCACCAGAUGUCACAACCGAGACAACCGACUGGGCGCAGCGGUGUAGACUACGAACAUGUCUUGAUGUCCUCUCCGGUGAGGUUUCUGCUUCGGCUGGGGUUAUGUUGCCUUGUAGGUGUACUAAUCCGCUGGUGUCGAGGGACCUUAGCACGUUGGGGUGGGGGGUGUUCAUUGGUGAUGAUAGGAGGGAUUGGGAUAGGGGGUUUCUGGACUGGAUUCUGGAGUGGUGGAGGGAAUUGAGAGAGAUACUGGAAGGGGACUGUAGGAGAGGAGGACUGUGGGAUUGUGGGGUUCUGUGAGGGUUCGGUUGGUUGUCGUUGGCUGUGGAAGGCUAUGGUUGUGUUUACGUGAACCUGGUUGCUGGGCUUUUGGAAGAUACACUCGCCGUGUUCGACAACGUGGAUUGGGGAGAGGAAGUCACUUAAGAGAUUGAAGAUGUUGGCUGGUUCAACUUCUGCGGAGGCCACGAAAUUUAUACAUAUUGCAUCUUCUUCCUGCC